UCAGUCUUGCACAGGUGUACCGGCUCCUCCCCUUCAGUCUUGCACAGGUGUACCAGCUCCUCCCCUUCAGUCUUGCACAGGUGUACCAGCUCCUCCCCUUCAGUCUUGCACAGGUGUACCGGCUCCUCCCCUUCAGUCUUGCACAGGUGUACCGGAUCCUCCCUUUCAGUCUUGCACAGGUAUACUGGCUCCUCUCUUCCAGUCUUGCACAGGUGUACCGGCUCCUCCCCUUCAGUCUUGCACAGGUGUACUGGCUCCUCCCCUUCAGUCUUGCACAGGUGUACCGGCUCCUCCCCUUCAGUCUUGCACAGGUGUACCGGCUCCUCCCCUUCAGUCUUGCACAGGUGUACCGGCUCCUCCCCUUCAGUCUUGCACAGGUGU